AUGGUGGUUCCUGAUUUCGGAAACCUCAAGAGUGACAUCGGCGUGGGGAAGCUGAAUGAAUAUUUGGCGACCCGGUCGUACAUCUCGGGCUAUCACGCCACUCAGGACGAUGUUACCAUUUUCUCGAAGUUGCUCGGAGCUCCCAAUGCGACCAAGUUCGUUGAUGCGAAUCGGUGGUACCGCCACAUCGCCCACUUCUCUGCCAUCCAGAAGGGUGCGUGGCCCCGGGGUGAACUCAAGGCGGAGAAGCCCAAGCAGGAGGAUGACGAUGAUGACAUCGAUCUCUUCGGUAAGUCAGGCGAUGACGACAAGGAGGCGGUGAAGAAGCUCGCCGAGUCCAAGAAGAAGGAAGCAGCAGGCAAGAAGAAGAAGGAGGUCAUCAACAAAUCCUCUCUGGUCAUUGAAGUGAAACCCGCCGAUGCGGAAACCAGCCUCGACGAGAUCAGCAAGCUGUGCAAGGAGAUCAAGAUCGAGGGUGUCACAUGGGGAGAGGCCGUCAAGAAGGUCCCCGUUGCCUUCGGUCUCUACAAGCUGCAGCUGUGCUGCACUAUUCUGGAUGACGUGGUCAACACGAACGAAAUCGUCGACCAGAUCGAGGCCCUUGGCAUGACACCCGAGCAGCUCGAGAAGCUGAAGAAGCGUCAGGAGGGCGAGGAGGAGGAGGAUGAAGAGGAAGAAGACGACGAGACCUAUGGGCUCGUCCAGUCGGCAGAGAUUGUUUCGUUCAACAAGCUCUAA